AGCCUCGCCGCUGAGACAGAGUCCUGGGAGAGGAGACAGCGGACAAUGGAAGAGCGUCCAGCCGGCUGUGAGCCCUGCAGCCCGGGAGCAGGGACCCGGGGGUAACGUCACAUACAGCCGGGACAGGAAGGAUAUUUAUCAGCAUUUACCUGAGUGCGGCACGUGAGAAUGCACUCAGCCAUGGACCCCCUCCCAGAGUACUCUCUGUUCCUGGUUCGAAUCCUGGACGAGCUGGACACCAAGCACAAGACCAUGUCCUACCAGGACCUGUGUAAGUCCCUGUGCGCUCGCUUCGACCUGGUACAGCUGGCCAAGCUCCGCAGCCUGCUUUUCUACACCGCCUGCCUGGACCCCGCCUUCCCAGCCACCCUCUUCAAGGACAAGAUGCGCUGCUCCAUGGAAGACCCACAGUCCAAGAAGCUCAUGGUGGCAGCAGACAUCGUCACCAUGUUCAACUUGAUCCAGAUGAACGGAGGCAUGGUCAAAGACAAGCUCCCCACAGCACACAGAGGCAAGUUCCACAAGAACCAGUCGUUGGAGCUGGGCAAGUCUGAUGAUGACUCCUUUAAGUUUCAGGACUGUGACAGGAGGCUUGGUUAUGAGCACAUGGAUCACCCCAGAGCUGGACACCACCACCAUCACCCCACCAAGCAGCUACCUGGGACUCAGAGCGCCACCCCCUCCUCUGAGUGCAAGACCUUCCAGCCGUUCAUCCCCUCCUCGGACCCUAACUUCCUUCUGGGCAUCAACAAGGACCUGAAAUGUAGAGCAGCGUCUCUGGACAAGCUGCACCACCUACCCCAGUACUCCAACAGCAGCCCACCCUCUCCCCCAUGUGAGAUAGAGAGCACCUACUUCCCCAUGGAUAUGGACAGCGAGUGCACCACCGACCAGGAGUCCCUGCAGCACAUGGACCCUCCAGAGCCCUUCUCCGUCCACUCCUGCAUCCAGAAGAGGAACGUCUUCAAGGAGGACUUCCACAACUUUGUGGCCUUCUCCCCACAGGUGAAUCCCAGUAAAAGCAAGCAGGGCAGUAAGGCUGCUGAAGGCUACCACAAGAGGGAGCUGCACAAACCUACUACCUUCUUCAACCACAGCUUUGAACUGCCCUACAGUAACCCCUACUUUGAGCCAACACUCAACUCUCCUCUUCAGGACAGGAGGAGGGUUAAACAUGAGAGCCUGGACAACCUGCAGGCCUCCACUUACUUUGGUCCGACUACGGUCUCUGAGAGCAUCAGCAGCAGGAAGCACAGGAACAAAGCAGGGAAGCAGCCGUCGUGGCCCGUGAAGAGCCUCAGUCUCAACACAGGAGAGGGGCCUCCAGAACUUGAGAGAUCCUUUCUGAACAGCAAACCACUCAAAGAAAACCAUCAUCGCAAUGUCACCAUCCGAAGAACUGACAAUGAUCAGCAUUUUCAGAGCCCAAAGGAAAAGGUGUUAGUUUCUCCUUCUGGUUUUGCAAAGAAAAGUGAAGGAAUAAAAACCAAGGAUGUAGCACUGAUGGCGAGUGGGCCGGUGGGUUUGGAGAAAAGAGAAGCAGCCAAAAGGUUCAGGGGCAAAAACAGUCCUUCCUUUCAGGGAGUGGACAGCUCCUCUAGUGUUGGGACUCAAACGGAGCAGGCUGAGAAGAAGAAGGGGAAGGAAUACCCAGUGAAGUACAGUGACAGAGAAAGACACGCCUUCAAGCAUUGUGAGGAGGACUCUGAGAUGGUCAGCGAUGACAUAAGCGACAUUUUCCGUUUUCUGGAUGAUAUGAGUGUUUGUGACUCAUUGGGAGUUGUUCAAUCGUCCUGCUCCAACAGUAAUGGUUCCCUCUCUCAGGUAACGCUGAAGUCUGAAGGUGAGAGCUCCCCUGAACGCAACACGGUCAAACUAGCCAAGUCCAAGCUUGACCGCCUCUUCCAUUCGCUUGAAAACACAGACGAUGAGCUCAAAUCCAGCGUGUGCAAGCUGGUCAUGAGGAUCGGAGAAAUUGAAAAGAAGCUGGAGUCUCUGUCGGGGGUCCGCAGUGAGAUCUCCCAGGUGCUCUCCAAGCUCAACAAGCUGGACGAGAAGAUCCAGGAGCCUGAGGCCAACGGGAAGCACGGGGGGCCGCCGUCAACAUCUGGAUCCAAUGCCACCCCGGACAAGUUGCACCCCAACCCUCAUCCACAUCCCGACAUCACGCUCUCACCUCGUGUUUUCCAGUGCCACACCACCGGUCACAACGUUAAAGUGGACAAUAGCCCCUCAGCCGAGUGGGGCUGCUCCGAUGGGAACAGUGAUAGCCUCAGGGUCAAAGCUCUGAGGAAGAGCAUGUUCACCAGGAGGUCGUCACGCUCCCUCAACGAGGAGAACAGUGCAACCGAGUCAAAGGUCGCCAGCAUCACCAACUCUCCCCGGGACUGGAGGACAGUGUCCUACUCCUGCCACCCUGGAGACGAGGGCAAGGACAGACAGUGGAAAGGAAAAGAGGCAGAGCGAGAGCGUCAGUACGAGUUCCCCCAGGCCCACCGCCCGUCUAAACCACCGAAGGAGUCCUAUCUGAGCGAACAGGUCUUCUCUCCGCACCCCUUCACCCCCUCCAUCAAGGCCCAUUUGAAAGGCAGCCCCCUGUACACGGACCUCAGGAUCAGCAGCCUGUCAGAGGGUCCGAGGGGCCUGCCCUCCUGGACCCUCGAGGAGUUCAAACGCAACUCAGGAGAGAAGGGGAAGCAGCUCACCGCUCUGGACCUGCAGACACAGGAGUCCCUGAACCCCGACAACCUGGAAUACUGGAUGGAGGACGUGUACACCCCUGGCUACGACUCACUGCUCAAGAGGAAGGAGGCGGACUUCCGGAGGACCCGGGUGUGUAAGAUUGGAGCGCUGAUCGCAGCAGCUACCUGCACCGUGAUCCUGGUCAUCGUGGUUCCAAUCUGCACCAUGAAAACAUGAGAGUACCAGCAUGGAGGGACCCUUCUUAUUUAUGCUUUUACUGCUGCCCUGUGUGGACGGGGCUAGUGUGCGGUGGAUUUACGGACAAAAUAUGUUAGGGUAAGACGAUGUCAGCUGGAGGUUUUAGUUUUUCAUUCAGUUCUUAUACUUGAGGUCCUUUUUUGCACAUAUUAACAUAAUUAAGACAUCUAUUGUAUGAUAGAAAUGAAUUCAGCAAGUGCAUCGUAUAUAAAUAUACUGUAUUGGUAUUGGUAUUGGUUUACCAGUUGUAGUUGAUUGUAUUGUUAUAAACUCUGCCGGACAGUU